CAAAUGUUAUUGAUGGAUAUUCUGAUACUUUAUCUUUCGAUGAAAAUGGAAUUAAUCGAGUUAAAUUCUUGGUUAAUCAUAUUAUCGGUCAAGUAAAUGCUAAUGAAUCCACUGAUCGAAUUGAAGUGGAAAAUUUUGAAAAUAUUAAGCAAAUAGAGAAGCAAAGAUUGAAUCCGAAUGUUCAGGAAAUGAAAGAAGCCAGGUUAAUAAUAAAUGAGAUUUGCAAAAUAACUUUAGGCCUUAACGUAAGUAAAUGCUUAAAAGAAGCAUUACACAAUCAUUUAUCGCUUGAAUGA